UUUGUGAUACCUUCAUUGAUUCUUAGUUUUAGCUGGGACAGAGAGCUCAGUGACGUCAUACAACCACCUCCACAGUAAUCUCUCGUUUCAAGAUGGCCCUCAGGUGAGAAGCAACAGGAAAACUCCCCUGUCGCCGGUCUGUGGUCCAGAUCAGGCAAAAAUAUCAGCAUGUAAAGAUCUAUACAUAAGGCACAGCCUACAAGCUUCAACUUCAACAGGGAUUUUACCCACAAGUCUUUCUUUCUUGACCUCCCGACCUCCAAGAGUUGUGAACAUGGGUGCUGUGGUGAUUAAAGCAGACAAUAUGCCGCCUGAGUUUAUGUCUGGCGGCCGUUCCAACGGCUUCUACCCAGGCCGCUCGGCCACGCCGCAAACCGGCGCUCACCCCGGCACGUCAGCGUCCAAUCAGCGACCGGGCAGCAGGAGCAGGGAGGAUGUAACGCCAGGGAGAUGUGAAAACUGUACGCUAAACUUCACAACCACUAGGAAAAAGUACAAAUGUUACCAGUGCCACAGCCUCUACUGUGACAACUGUCUACUCAGCGAGGCGGACAGAACGCGGGACCGCCGGCGCUGCAACCGAUGUCGGGUCUUCUCCCUCAACCCGAUGGACCGUAGCGAGCUCCGACGCCUGCGCGUGAAGGACCUGCGGCAGUUCCUGAGCACGAAACACAUUCCGUCUGACAUGUGUACGGAGAAGGACGAGUUGGUAGAGUUGAUCAUGAGGCAUUCGGCCAAUGAGACGACAAGAAGAACAGCGGAGGAACAACGCGCUCAUGCAGAGGAACGCAGAAGAGCUGCCGAGAACGCCAUGCCUGGUGACAACAACACCAACUUCAGUUCAUCCUCAUACUCCACUCACACGUCCACCACAUACACAUCAGCAACCCCCGGGGCAGAGGAGCAGCUCACCGAGACCCUCCGGCGGCUUCAGGAGGAAAUGCAGCGUCACGUGUUCCCAGACAGAGAAGACAGUGAACCAAGCAGUACAGCUUCAAAUGAAGAAGCUCCACCCAGCCAGCCAAAGAGACGUACUUCACUAACGGACCUCAGCGGCGUAGACGAGGUGGAAGAUCUGACGGUCAGACAACUGAAGGAGAUUCUAUCGGCAAACUUUGUAGACUUCAAAGGCUGUGUGGAGAAGGAAGAGCUAGUGGAGAGGGUGAAGAGACUGUACAAGUCCAGACAGAACAAUCCCACGGAAACCACAGAGGGUGAGGGGAUGGAUGGUGAGAGUUCUGUCCCUGAAGACAGCCUGUGUAAGAUCUGUAUGGACGCUGCCAUAGACUGUGUACUCCUGGAGUGUGGACACAUGGUCACCUGUACCAAGUGUGGCCGACAGAUGAACGAAUGCCCCAUCUGCCGACAGUACGUGGUCCGAGCAGUUCACGUCUUCAAGUCAUGACCUUCAGCGGUUGUCGGUUGACCUUGAAAAGGAUGGUUGCCUGCGGCCGUUUUUCCUUCCAGUGUUUGCAGUGUUACAUGGAACCUGUUGACUCUACACACUGCAAAAAAUCUGAUAUUUAACCUUCUUCCUGCUGCCUAAUGCUGUAACCUGUACACAUUUAGCACCAGAUGGCUAAUGCAGCAGGGAUAAGGUUAAGUAUACCUUAAAUCAUACGUAAAGCAUUAGUUAUUUUAGACAAGGCUUUACUCAUGGUUUAAGCUGUAUUGGAUUUCUAGCAGUUCUAACGGUGUGAAUCCCAGGAACAAUCAUGACUGAACAGGGUAGAAAUCAUGACUCUAACCUUGUAAAUUGUAUUUGUAUGUAAUAUGUGCUUUGUACCUGUACAUGUAAUCAUUUCUUGUGUAUGUUGUUAUGUGUGUUUCUGAGAGCUCUAAGAUACGUGAAAAUGAUAUUCCAAAAAAGGUAAAAUCCUGUGACAGUCGCAGUACGUUUUAGCAAAUGUAACAGGAAUUAGAGACCUAGUUAAAGUUACAUGUUAUAUCAUGAAAUCAGUUGUGUAGCAUUUUUAUGAGAUGGUUGGUUUCUCUUAUUUUAUGUGCAAAUUCUUAACUAUGGAUAUGCAAAUGAAACAUUGACAGAAGUAGUCAUACACAUUCGUGCUAUUAGCCCAUAUGCCAACUCGUAUUAUCUUAAAGUAUGUAACAGUAAGAAAAGAAUUAAUUCCAAAGUACAUUCAUCAAAUUGAAUUCACUCCAUUCAAAUCUGUCUACCUGCUAUUGUUGCCAUAGCAAUGAGCUAGUCAGUCACAUGAUUGGUCAAACCUAGGUGUGAUCUGAUUGGACAGUGAUGAUUCAUCCAAUUAUGCUGCAAAAGAUGUUUGUGCCUUAAAUUGAUAAAGAAGCCGGUAGGUUGUAGUGUUUGCUUGCACUAUGGCGAUUUGUACAGUGUUUUAAACUGUGUUUAUCUCCAAAGACAUGGUUGUCAAUGUAUUUAUCCGAACAGGGGAUUGUAUUUGAUUUACCUAAAGCCAAAGUCUGAAUUUUUGUCUUUGAAGCCAGAGUGCCACUGUAAAUGAUUAUCACCAUAGUUACAGUGAUAGCAUUGUUACUGAAAAGUUUAAAACCAAGUAGAUAUGGGGAAAGGUGGUCACAGAAUGUCAAUCUUUCCUCGUAAGAAAUCAAUAUUGUUACCAGAAUAUUUCAGCAAAAGAGCAAAUUUUAUUUUUCAAAAGUGAAUUUUGAAGCAUUCACAGUCUGUUAUGCAUAAUUUUAUUCCUUGUACACCAAGUGCCUUGAUAAAAGUCCUGUAAAUCUGAAAAGCACAGUCAGGCGAUGCAAUUUUUUUUAAAGGCUGUACAGAAAUUUUUGAGCCAAUGCGUUCAGUAUUGGGUAAAGGUUGGACUAGUGUGGGUUUGGGGGUUACUUCUUACUUAGGUACUACCCUCCAGGAGUCUCCUGGACACAUCCAGUCUUUGCUAAGAUGGUUCUCUCACAGAAAGGGUAAACUAAGAGCUCCACGAUACUAUGUACUGUAGUAAUAUAUCACUGUACUGGUGUGAUGUCUUGUACUUGACAAUAGAUUACAAUGGGAUAAAUUGUAUUGAUGAAUAGAAUAUUCUCACCAAUGGGUUCAUUUUUCUUCAAAUCUGGUUACAGACCCUUAAGCUUGUUGUCCUAUUUCACCAGCUGAAGUGAUGUUGUCAAAGGAUAUGCAAAUUUGAGCAUCAUACUUCAUGUUACACGUUUGCUACAAAUGUACCUCAGUAGGUUACAUGCUUAAUCAUUCUGUGUUUUUUGGCGACCCCUCAGGGGCGGAAGCAUUUUUGCUGAUCUUUGGUAUUUUGCUUGACUUUGUGAACUGACUAGAGGAGCUUCUUGCCCUUAAUACUAAUUGUUGUCGUACCUCGUUCUUGUACAUGAUGACUGGUGGGUCUC